AAAUUCCCAAACAGGGGGUGGUGCCGAAGGUCGCUGCGGGGAGGGGGGGCUGGACAAGAGCUGUGUGUGCCCCAAGCAGAGCUGCUGGACAGGCUAAAGCAGGUGCCAGCUCCAACGUGGACAUGAACAGCCUCAGGAAAAUGGGGUUCCUCUGGGGGCUGCUCUGCCUGGCUGCUCUGCACAGCCUCCCAAGGCUGGCACAUGCCAUUGACCAGCAGCGUCUCUUCCUGGACAAAGAUGGGAAGAUGAGGGAUGUGAAAAGUGCUGGAAUUGCACAGUCGGAUUUGCUGGGAGCCAUCCCAGCAAAAGGGAUAGCCAACCUGCCAAAAGGAGAGCUGGUAGAAUUUACUUAUGACAGCUUCCAGGAGAAUGAUGGAGCCAUGUCACCCUUCACCACCACCCUGCCAGACACAAGGGAAGAUUGGAACUCAGAAGAUGAAGCUGUAGCUGGGGCUGGGGGUUGUCGUGGGAAGAAAUCACCUGGGGGAAAUGCCUCUUCUGAAGAGGAGGGAGAGGCUGGAGAUAAAAGCUGUGAGAUGACUUGGAAGAAGAGCCAGAGGCUGGCAGAUGGCUUGAUGAGAUUCAGCAUUGAUCUCCUGAGAGAGGUGCAGCUGGAGUCCAACAGAACCAACGUAAUCCUGUCCCCCCUCAGCAUCGCCCUCGCCCUGUCUCACCUGGCACUGGGAGCAGCAAAUCAGACAGAGAAGCAUUUGCUGGAGGUGAUGCACCUGGAGUCAGUGCCCUGCCUCCACCACAUGCUGGGCACCCUUCGCAGGAGGCUCACAGGGUCCACCCUCAGCCUCGGGUCACGUCUGUACCUGCAGAAAGGGUUUGAGGUGAAAGAGAAGUUCCUGGAGGAUUCAGAGAAAUUCUAUGGAGCAAAGCCCAUGACCCUUUCUGGGAUCAGCCAGGAUGACCUCGUGGCCAUAAACAACUGGGUAAAGGAAGCCACCCAUGGGCAAAUUCCCUCCUUCCUCCAGCAGCUCCCUGAGAACACAGUGAUGCUCCUGCUCAAUGCCAUCUAUUUCCACGGGUUUUGGAGGAAUAAGUUUAAUGCAAGCUUCACUGGGCCUGAUGUAUUCCACCUUGACAAUGAGUAUGUGGUCCCAGUUGAGAUGAUGAAAGCCCACCAGUACCCCCUGAGCUGGUUUACACUGGAGUCCCAGGAUAUUCAGGUGGCCAAGUUUCCCUUUAAGAGUAAUGUGAGUUUUGUGGUCAUCGUACCAAACCAGAACACCCGGAACACCUCUCACGUGCUGGAGAACUUCCCUUACAAAGAACUCUGCAGGCUUUUCCCCAGAGAGGUGCCCACCACAGUGAAGAUCCCCAAAAUAAAGCUGGACUACCAGCUGGAACUCAACCACGUUCUCAGCCAAAUGGGCCUCCAGGAGCUGUUCACAAACCCAAAUCUCCAGAAGAUCACAGAGGAGCCUCUCUUUGUGUCCAGUGUACAGCACCAGGCCACCCUGGAGCUUAAAGAAGACGGGGUGGAAGCGUCUGCUGCCACCAGUGUCGUGCUGUCACGCUCAGGCUCUGCCUUCAGCCUCGACAGGCCCUUUGUCUUCAUCAUCUUUGAGGAUGAAACAGGGAUCCCACUUUUUAUUGGCAGUGUCCAGAACCCCAGCCCAGAUGCUGUUCCCCAGAUCCAAGAGCCACAGGACUCACGUGAAGCCAGAGGCACCAACAAGCACCGCGUGCCCAAAUAACAGAGGGCAGAGCCUGAGUGUUCUGGGACUCCUGCCUGAGCCUCUGGACCAGCUGAGAGAGGCCUCCUGCCCCUCUGAGGCCACAGGGGGGCAAUUCCUUGCUGUUUUCCCUUACAGAUCCCUAGAGACCAGUCCAGGGACAGCCCAUUCCAGCCCUGACAAGCUUCUCCAGGCUGAGGCUCCCCUUUGUUGAACCUGAAAAGCUUGUUCUGCCUGGAUUUUCCCUUCCAGGGCUCUCAGUCAUGGAAGGGAGACUUUCUUGUCCCCAGACUGUUAUUAGAGUCUUCAUUAAGAUCUUAUUAGAGUCCCCUGUAGCCUGGAAUCAUCAUUAGCAUCUGGCAGCUUGGACAUCAGCCAGGGCUGUACUAACGUGGCUCUUCCUUCCGCAGUUCCUGGGAACACGAAUCCCUCAGUGUUCCUCUGAAAACCAUCUGUGCCCACCUAGACAACGACCUCCAGAGCAACUGGACUAGAAACCAGUUGCCUUCUCUAGGAUGAGUCACAGCCACUUCCAGGCAUGGGUUCUUUUCAAAGAUUCCCUUUUCCCACUCCUUGGCUAUUUGGAUCUGAUGUAGGAGGCUCUGCAGUAGGAAACCCCUCCCUUUGGAUCCUUCUCUCCAGCCCUUCCUCUAGAGGCUGGGUAAUGGUAGAUUUUUUUCAAGGCAUAUUUUAUAGUGUUUUUUAGUAAUUUUUAUGUUGGCAGAAUAAUAAAGAUUAAAGCAGAACAUAUUUGCUGAA